CGCAUGCUGUCAGUUCUAGCUUUUUGUUGUUUUGUGUGUCACGUCACUCGCCGCAAUCGCCGGAACAUUUUUCUCCGGAUUUCUUUACGAACUUCAAAACGAAAAUGAUCGAAACGCUGUACAGUGUUCCGUUUAUGCUGUUCGAGGUGCCGAACCUCAAGCUGAAGAAACCGAGCUGGUUCCAGCAGCCCUCGGCCAUGACGGUGUUCUCCUUCGUACUGCUGUCGUACUUCUUGGUCACCGGAGGUAUCAUCUACGACGUGAUCGUUGAACCUCCGAGCGUUGGUUCGACGACGGACGAACAUGGCCACUCCCGGCCGGUGGCGUUCAUGCCGUACAGGGUGAAUGGCCAGUACAUUAUGGAGGGCCUUGCCAGCAGCUUCCUCUUUACGAUCGGAGGGCUUGGCUUUAUCAUCAUGGACCAAACACACACCCCGGGCAAGCCGAAGCUGAAUAAGAUUCUGCUCAUCGCGAUGGGCUUCAUUUUUAUUCUGGUGUCAAUUUUCACCACCUGGAUCUUUAUGCGGAUGAAGCUGCCCGGAUAUCUGCAACCUUAAGGAAGUGGCGACUUUCUUUUCUCUUACUCUAUCUCAUGAACAAAAAUCGAAACUAAAGGUUUUUUACUAAUAA